UUAAUGAGAAUAACGAAUUUUCUUCUUCUUCUUCGUAACAAACUCUGUUCUCAUUCUUCUCUAACAUGGUAUCAGAGCGAUGAAUCUUGAAAAUUCAUCCGAUUCUUUGACCUAAACUCUUCUUUUCUUUGUUUCUCGAUCAAUUUCUUCGGUUCAUUCACCGGGAAAUUGUUGUAUCGAUCAAAAUUUCUUUAUCCUCGCCGUGAAAUCUUCUUUUCUCGAUGGCACCUGUUCGGAAAAUCAAUCGUCGCACGAUCCGCGUCCCAAUUUCAGCUCGCAGAUCGACUAAUCGUGAAGAUUCUUCUCCCGAAGGUUCACCGGAAAAUCGGAAUCGAAGCAGUACACCGGUGAUUGUUUCUCAUGAUAGUAUUCAUUCUCCAUAUUAUCUCACGAAUAGUGAUAAUCCUGGUAUUUCUAUUGUCUCUGAAGUCUUUGAUGGAACGAAUUAUGAUGAUUGGCAAAUUGCUAUUAAGAUAGCUCUCGAUGCGAAGAAUAAACUUGCUUUUAUUGAUGGAUCUGUUCCGCGACCUCUUGAAUCUGAUGCUAUGUUCAGGAUUUGGUCACGUUGUAACAGCAUGGUGAAAUCUUGGUUGUUGAAUUCAGUGUCGAAGCAGAUUUACAAAAGCAUACUUCGUUUCAAUGAUGCUUCAGAGAUAUGGAAUGAUCUUUUAACUCGAUAUCACAUCACUAAUCUACCAAGAUCAUAUCAUUUAUCUCAACAGAUUUGGUCACUUCAACAAGGUACUAUGGAUCUUGCAACGUAUUACACCACUUUACGGACUCUCUGGAAUGAAUUAGAUAGUGCUGAUUGUGUGACACUGUGUAAAAGAUGCGACUGUUGUAAAGCUAUGGAACAAAGAGGAGAGCAUGCUCGUGUUAUCAAGUUUUUGGCUGGGCUCAAUGAGUCUUAUGCUGUCAUUCGAAGUCAGAUUAUAAUGAAGAAGCAUGUUCCUUCCUUAGCAGAGAUUUACAAUUUGUUGGAUCACAGUCAACGAAGCUUCACACCAGUUCCUUCUAAUGCAGUUGCUUUUAAUGUCUCUGCACCAGAACCAGUUCAAGCUUCUAUCAAUGCCACUUACAAUGUCAAACCACAGAAGGUAAUCUGUUCUCAUUGUGGUUAUACAGGGCACACAGUUGAUAAGUGUUACAAGAUUCAUGGGUAUCCAAUGGGUUUUAAGCACAAAUUCAAGAAUCAAGCAGAUAAAAGUUCUUCCACUGACAAAUCUGCAGUUCCUAUUAAACCAGUGGUAGCUCAGUUAGCAAUGACAGACGUCUCAGUUACUGCAAAUGAUUUGAUUACUGGUCUUACAAGAGUUCUCACUAAGGAUCAGAUAAAUGGUGUGGUUGCUUACUUUAAUUCUCAGCUUCAGACUGCACCGUCAACUGCUUCUACUUCUGGUGCUACUAUUACAGCUCUACCUGGUAUGGCUUUCUCUUCUUCCACUAUUGGUUUUGUUGGAGUUUUGAGAGCUACAUGUACUGUUUUAUCAUCGGAAUCUUGGAUCAUCGAUAGUGGAGCAACGCAUCAUGCUGAAUCUUCUAAGUAUCAGUCAGUUAACAAAGGACUUGGGAUAUAGAGUGACAUUUGAUGAAGAUUCUUGCAUGAUACAGGAUCCUAUCAAGGGGCUGAUGAUUGGUAAAGGAGAGCAGAUUUCCAAUCUAUAUGUCUUGGAUGUUCAGAGUAUCGUUGAUUCUACUAAGCAGAUUACUUUUUCUACAAACAUUGUUGUUGAUUCUAGUCUAUGGCAUAGCCGAUUAGGUCAUCCA